AUGGAGAUCAUUGAACAGGGCAUGCCAGCCUCGGACGAAGAGCACCUACUACCUCCGGCUCCCCAGCGUCGCCCUUGGCCAAACUUGUUUGGCGCUGCUGUGGUGGUGUUGGGCGCCCUGUGCCUUGUGUACCGCAUGCUGGGAGCGCCGGAGGCUUCCCCCAUGGCUGUCUCCACCGGGCAGGCCUUUUCCUUGAAGUUCAAGAAAUGGACUUCGUUCGGAGAGGUGCCCUACAACUUACGUGUGUCUGGAGUCAUGUGCCCAAAUGAUAAAAAUAAGGACGCGAAUGGCAUGUACACCUUCCAAGGCACUACAGCAGAUGGCCGUCCCUAUUACAAGAGUGACAAAUCAUGGUUCCUUUGGUACGACAAGGAGUGUGAUGGGCCUGCAAAAGGCGACAACAGCGGAUGGGGUCAAUGGUCGCUGGCCCCAGGUGGACAGAUCUCAACAACUGUGCCCGAGAAGGUGUGGAGCCGCGGAUGUGAUGUACAGGCUUUUGCAUUCUGGGCGCCCAACAAAGAAGAAGCGAAACCUCUGGAAGAUGUGCCUUAUACCUUCGUACACAGCGGUGUCGCAGGCGCCUUGCCAGAAAAUUCCGUCACAUGGAUGAUCCAAUGUGGCAAGGCCGGCCAGAUAACUCGAGAGGUAACCGUCGGUACCUCGAAAUCUAUGCUGACGGUGACAGGGCGCUGGGUGUACAAAUACAUGGUCAUGAAAGGCGAAACAAAGACAAUCAAGUUUGGCUUUGACAAGAGCAUGGAGGAAGGUUCAGCUAAAGAAGUAGCUGCAGAGGUUUCGACCAGUGCAGAAUUCAAAACAGGGGUCAGUUUCCUAGCAGAGGGGUCGGCAUCGGCGAGUGCUUCAGUGAGCGGGUCCAUGGAAAGCUCAUGGUCUGCUUCGGUUGGCACGCAUGGCGAAGACGAGCGCAGCUUCACGUUGCCAGAGGGUGGGGCGCUUUGGCAGUGGAACAUGGAGGUCAAGAAUGAGGACGGGAAGACUCUCGAAAUUCCUUCGCCAGAUUAUGCGGUAACGACAAAUGGAGCGCAGAAGCCGCUGUGCUUCCCUUCGCUUUGCACAGAUUGUGCGGAGACUCCCAACUAUCAGGAGUGUGAGCCGGAUGGCUAUUUGCAUGGUGGCAGGUGA